AUGUGUUUUAAGAAGAAAGGUGUGGGUUCAAGAAACUGGAUAGCUUUGGACAGCAAUGGGCAAGCUAUAAUCCUGGAUUUGGACAAAUAUGAUAUCAUGAAAAGAGUCGAAAUCAAUGCAAGAGACCUUCGAAUUAUCGACCCUUUGCUCUCAUAUCCUUCUGCAAUUCUUGCCAGAGGCAAAGCAAUUGUCCUCAAUUUGGAGGUAUUAUUAAGGGACCCUUUCGAUGAUGAUGUUAUGCCGGUUGUUGAAGAACUCCAGAAAAGAUUGCCUUUGGCCAUGGGUCGAGGGGAAGGAGGAGAAGAAGAAGAGGAAGAGUUCGGUAGCAGUAAAUUUGGAACUAUUGGUGUUGAAGAAGAACUUCCAUUCGAAAUCCGAGCUUUAGAAGUAGCGUUAGAGGGUGUUUGUAGCUCUCUCGAUACUCAAACUAGAGAAUUGGAAGUUGAUGCUUACCCGGCUUUAGAUGAGCUCACUGCAAAGACCAGCAGUCGAAACUUGGACCGUGUGCGUAAAAUGAAGAGCGCUAUGACUCGGUUGAUAAGUCGGGUUCAAAAGGUAAGGGAUGAACUGGAACAACUUCUGGACGAUGACGAUGACAUGGCGGAUCUUUAUCUCUCGAGAAAAUCUGCCAUGUCAGCUUCUGUCUCGAGCGGUUAUGGAUGUGACAGGUGGCAGCUGGUGGCAGAUGAAUCUCCAUUAACAACCUCAAAUAUGUCUAAAAGUACACAAGAUGAGAACAAUGUUGAGGAACUUGAAAUGCUUCUUGAGAACAAUGAAAGAAUGUUCUUUCAUUUUAGUUCAAUUUUCUUUUUGUUUGAUCAGUUGAGGGAGUAUAUCGAUGACACAGAGGAUUACAUCAAUAUACAGUUUGAUUGUCUUGUUCUUGUACAGUUGGAGCUCUUUCUAAGUUCCGGCACGGUUUGCCUGUCGAUGUAUUCGUUAGUUGCAGCAAUUUUCGGAAUGAACAUUCCAUAUCCGUGGAGGGAAAGCCACGGCCAUCUGUUUAAAUGGGUAAUCUUUCUUACAACUCUGGCUUCUGGAUCUGUUUUUCUGUGGAUAAUUUCUUACGCUCGGCACAAGGGUCUUGUUGGUUCUUGA